AUGUCUUCCAAAACCGUUGUAAUUAUCGGGGCCUCCUUCGCUGGAAUCCCAAUUGCACACUCUCUGCUCAAAGAUCUCCCAUCGGUGAAAGUGGUUCUGAUCAAUCCGUCCUCCACAUUCUACUUUGUGAUUGCAGCCCCGCGCAUUCUCGCAAAACCAAAAGCCUUCCGCCCCGAGCAAUACCUUCUCCCGAUAGAAAAAGAGUUUGCUCGUUAUAGAAAAGACGCCUUCGAAUUUGUCCCCGGUGCGGCAACCUCGAUAGACACCAAUGCGAAGACAGUCACCGUGGACAACGAGAGAACGAUCGCAUUCGACUAUCUUGUCAUCGCAUCGGGGAGUACAACCCGUUCCAUGACGAUCGAGGCCGAGACCCAGGUCCCAUUCAAGCCCCCCCAGUCAGGUCAGGUGCAGCCAUUGAUUGAAGAGGCUCAACGAAAGAUCAGCCAGGCGACCAAGAUUGUUAUCGCGGGCGCCGGUCCGAUUGGAGUUGAGACGGCGGGGGAGAUCGCCGAGGCCGCCAAGGAGCGUGGAGCAACAGUCCAUAUCACGCUCGUCUCAGCCACAGAGCGGGUUCUCCCCAUGCUGAAGCCUCGCGCCAGCGAGAUCGCCGAACAGCAGCUUCGUCAACUGAAGGUGGAGAUUGUCACGAGUCGGAAAGUGACCGGAGCUACCCAGGCACCGGGCGAUUCCGCGUGGACGGUGUCUCUCGAUAACGGACAGAGUUUGAGCGCCGACAUGUACAUCCCCACCGUGGGCAUUGUCCCGAAUAACGGUUUCAUCCCGCAGGAGUUCCUCGAUUCGUCGGGCUGGGUCACUGUGGACGGUGAGCUGCGGGUGCAGAGCAAAAGCCACUCAACCUUGCCGAUAUUCGCCGCAGGAGACAUCACAAAUAAUUCCAUGCGCCUUUCCUUCAAAGCAGUCGAGCAGGCGGCGGUUGUGGCGGCAAACUUGAAGGUGGAGAUUGCUGGCAAAGGCAAGCGGCGCACGUAUGACCAAGGGAAUAGCAUGAUGAUGGUCGUCCCAGUUGGUUCAUCUGGUGGGACGGGACAAAUGUUUGGUUGGGUGCCUUGGAACAUGCUUGUCAAGAUGGUCAAGGCCAAAGAUUUCUUGAUCGGCAGAGCUCAAGGCGUGAUCUCGGCGAGUUGA